UGAUGUAAGAAAGGCGAGAAGAGGCUCUGUCUAUACAAGCCCAAUCCCCAGGCAGCCUCAGAGACGGGGUUCUUGGACACAUCGGGGACACGGACAUUUGGGAUAAAGUCCAGACAACCAGCCAGACAGACAGCCUGCUCAACAGAAACACACAGAGGAAGAAGAUGAUGAUGAUGAUGAUGCAAGGAGCGUAUAAUGAUGACCUGGCCAAGCACCGGCAACAGCAGGCUAUGGCCCUGUGCCGAGAGGCCAGAGGAGAACGGCUGAACCUAGGGACGAAAAUAUGCACUCCAAGGGAUGUUCAGAUGGAAGAACUGAAUUUGAAUUCAAACCGAGGAUCCAGAAUGUUCCAAGAGAGACAAAAACGAGUUGAGAGAUUUACUCUGGAGAACACUGUAAACAGCCCCACCGUCACAUAUGAACAGCCUGAUGUGAACCACCCACAGAACCUACCCGAGGUACAGAACGGGAAAGAGAACUUCACCCACAUCAUACCUGGCAAACAGAGCCUUGUGAACACCCUCAAGAAGACUGUGGCCAUGAAGGGGAGUCCAAAUGUCCUUGCUCCAGGUUAUGCUGGCCCACUGAAAGAAAUUCCUACGGAGAAGUUCAACGCCACAGUGACCCCAAAGGGUUACUUAUCACCAUGGAAACAAGCACUGGGGAGCAACGACGAGCUGCUGUCUUCCCUCACCAACCAGCUUCCAGAGCCUCCCCAAAAACCACAGCCAGCCAAUUUCAGGUGUUUCAACAGAGCGGCCAUGCCAUUUGGCGGACCCAUGGCUAGCAAGCGGAUCAUCCCCGUGAUUAACUUCGAGCAAGUGGACCCCCAGAACCUCCCGGGCUCCGUACUGGACCGCAUGGCCAGACGACCCAAUUUCAACAAGGCACCCCGGGGAUGGGGCAUGGAUUACGCCCCCGAGUCCACAGACCUGUGACCCACCCGACAGCAGUCACAAUACGCUAACUAAUCCCCAAGGGGCGUCUGUCCAGGACAAGAGACUGAGCUUGGCUUGCACCUGCGCUUACAUUUCCUCAAUACUGGCGACUGAUAUGUUGGAUGUGUAGGGUCCUAUGAUUUCCGCCAUGCGGAAAACGCGGACAGUAUUGCAGAAUUCGGUAAGGAAACAUGAAUCACAGUUAAAUGUGUAAUCGCGCAUAAUUUGACAUUUUCGAAUAAAAUGAUGGGAGAGAAAUACAUUCAAUAGCGUUAUAGGCAACACAGACAGUCAAAUAUGUUGUCAGACAGCUGGCCAAAGGUAAUGAAACAUGUGUCUCAUUACAUCAACCUCUCAAACCAAUAGUUUGCCACGUUGAAGGCGAACUGACGCAUCCCAUGCAUUGUAAACCGAACAGGAAAAAGACUGCGGCCAGUCGUUGUAAACUGACACUGGAGACUAAAACUGGCCACUGGGGCAACGUCAUCUGAAUAUUCUUAGAAUAACCAGAAGACUUACAAUGUACAUACAAUCAUAACAAGUGGUUUACUGACUCAGUCAGUACAAGUCUUGUGACUGGAAACUGGAAGGUAAUCUCCCUUUUUAUACGUUUGCAUUUCUUCAUUCUAUAAAAUUACAUUGACAUAGAUAGAAAAAGAUACGGUAUUUGUAGUCUUCAGGGUUAUACUAGCAUUGCUACCCAAUACGCCCGACCCUACUGCCUGGACAGAAAAAUAAAAAUGUCUGUAAAAGCACACGUCCUGUGUACAUUUUUUUAAUCUGACAUACGAUUUUAAUGAUAAUUCAAUUAAUAAAACUGAAUCUAGAAA